AUGCCCCAUGAGCACCACGACGGAUGUGGCCAUGAAAGCCACGACCAUGACCAUGAGCACGAUUCUCCAGAGCAUGGGUUCCAAGACAACUUAUUCAACCACAUCGAUCGCCAGAAUGUUGUUGUUCUAAACUCUGAUGGUCUUGCAACCGAUAUCAUCAAGCCAUGGCAUGCUCGCUUGGACGAAAACAAAUAUGUUGAAUCGGAUGCCGAUGAUCAACUAAUCAUACGCGUUCCGUUUACUGGUUCAGUCCGCCUGAGAUCUGUCCUGCUCAAGGCUGGGCCAGGAGACCAAACUCCUUCAAAGAUCACCCUCUUUGCAAACGAACCAACUCUCGAUUUCGAUGACGUCACCGACAAGCAGCCAAUCCAAGAGUUCGACGUACCUCGAGGUAGGGAGGUAGGCGAAUAUGCCGUCAAAACUGCCAAAUUUUCCAAUGUCUCCAACUUGACGAUCUUUGUUCCGGCUGCUCAAGGUGCAGAUGCGACGAGGAUCUACUAUCUUGGAUUCUUAGGAACCUGGACAGAGACGAAGCAUCAACCAGUCAUAACAGUCUACGAGGCGCAAGCCAACCUUGCCGACCACGAAAAGAUCCAAGGCAUGGAAGGAAAGUGGGCUGCUCCUGGACACUGA